AUGAGUAUCACCGUAGCUACUUGCGGAAUCAGAGGGAGUUGCGACGAGCAAAAUGCACCAGAGACGGAGGGAUUACGUGGAAGACGACGAGUUAAGGGGGGCGACCGACAGGGUGCAAUGGCGAUCGGUGGUGUGAGGGAGAUGGCAGGCGCCGAAGAUGGAAGGCGGUCGGCAGGCUUGAGGGCAAGGAGGGAAAUUGGUGAAGAACUACAUGAGAAUUUAGAUGGUGGAAUAAUUUGUAAGAUUUGCCAUCUGGCAUCUGGGCAACCAUUAGAAGAAACUUCAAUUGGAACUCCAUAUAAAGCUGAUGAUAAAACAGGUUUGAUUAUGCCUGGUUGUGCAUGUAAAGAUGAGCUAGGAAUUGCACAUUCCCAUUGUGCUAAGUCAUGGUUCAAGAUUAAAGAAAACAAGUAG